ACUGUCUUCCCCAUCCAAUUCAUUAUCACUCUCUCUCUCUCUCUCUCUCUCUCUCUCAUACGCACUUUCUCUUUCUUUCUCAUCUCUAAAUUACUCAAAAACUAGUCUCCAAUGGGCUCUGAAUCACUUGUCCAUGUCUUCCUAGUCUCCUUCCCGGGCCAAGGCCAUGUCAACCCUCUUCUCCGCCUCGGGAAACGCCUCGCUUCCCGAGGCCUCCUCGUCACCUUUUCAGCCCCAGAAAGCAUCGGCAAAGAUAUGCGAAAAGCGAGUAACUGCACAGACGAGCCAACCCCGGUUGGAGAUGGGUUUAUAAGGUUUGAAUUCUUUGAAGAUGGUUGGGACGAGAACGAGCCGAGGCGACAAGACCUUGACCAGUACUUGCCCCAACUCGAAUUAGUUGGAAAAGACCUACUUCCCAAAAUGCUCCAGAAACAUGCCGAUCAAGAUCGGCCUGUUUCUUGCCUAAUCAACAACCCCUUCAUUCCUUGGGUCUCCGACGUAGCGGAGAACCUCGGCCUCUCUAGCGCCAUGCUAUGGGUCCAAUCUUGUGCUUGUUUCUCCGCUUAUUAUCAUUACUACCAUGGAAUUGUCCCUUUUCCUAGUGAAGAUAAUAUGGAGAUUGAUGUUCAACUUCCUUGCAUGCCUCUUUUGAAGUACGAUGAAGUUCCCAGUUUUUUAUAUCCAAACACUCCCUACCCUUUUUUAAGAAGGGCGAUUCUCGGUCAGUACAAGAAUUUAUCUAAACCUUUCUGUAUUUUGAUGGAUACUUUUCAAGAACUCGAACAUGAAGUUAUCGAAUACAUGUCCAAGAUUAGUCCCAUUAAGCCGGUGGGACCGUUGUUCAAGAACCCGAAAGCGCCUAACUCGAAUGUCCGAGGGGAUUUCAUGAAAGCCGAUAACUGUAUGGAGUGGCUCGACUCGAAGCCGCCUGGUUCCGUUGUGUAUAUCAGCUUUGGGAGUGUUGUGUACUUGAAACAAGAGCAAGUUGACGAGAUUGCUCAUGGGAUUUUGGGUUCUGGGGUUUCGUUUUUGUGGGUGAUGAAGCCGCCGCAUAAGGAUGCUGGCUUGGAGUUGCUGGUUUUGCCGGAGGGGUUCUUGGAGAAGGCCGGUGAUAAGGGGAGGGUCGUGCAGUGGAGCCCCCAAGAGCAGGUUUUGGUCCACCCGGCCGUGGCAUGUUUCGUAACGCACUGUGGUUGGAACUCGACUAUGGAGUCAUUGGCUAGUGGAAUGCCGGUGGUGGCGUUUCCACAGUGGGGCGAUCAAGUGACCGAUGCCAAGUACUUAGUGGAUGUGUUUAAGGUUGGGAUUAGGAUGUGUAGGGGUGAGGCGGAGGAUAGGGUGAUUCCGAGGGAGGAGGUGGAGAUGUGUUUGAGAGAGGCGACAAGCGGUCCAAAGGCAGCAGAGAUGAAGGCGAACGCGUUGAAAUGGAAGGAGACAGCGGAGGCGGCGGUGGCGGAGGGUGGCUCCUCCGACCGGAAUAUGCAAGCAUUUGUGGAUGAGGUGAGGAGGAGAAGUUUAGGUAUUACGUCAAAGUCUACGACACCAGAAAUUAUCACAACUACUACUGUUGUUGUUUAAUGUUGUUUGGUUUUGUUGGAUAUGUGUCACCGGGAUGGACACGUGUGGGAAAUGGAUUGGAGGAUUUGGGUCUUAUCCUUUUAGUGUGAAAUGUGAAAUAACUGGAAUGCCCUUCAUGAGAAGCAUUCUGGAUUUUUUUUCUUGUUACUAAUGCCUUUCCUAGAUAUAAAAGCCUGUUUGUUUGGCUGGUUUUGCUGUUGAUUUUGUUAAUUUGUAUUCUAAUUUUCUUCUCUCAACUAUUGUGUUUGUUAAUUAUAACUUUUUGGGC